AUGAGGCUCCCACUCCCACCCUUUCCCCUCCUCUCCGCCGCCCUCCUCCUCCUCCUCUCGCCCCUAACCACCGCCUUCGACGGGAUCGGCUGCAUGACCAUGACCGAGGACGUCAACUGCGGCCGCGGCGAGUGCCAACUGGGCGAGCACUACAUCCGGCUCGGCGUGACGACCAUCUACGGCAACCCGCUCGACAACUGCGAGUGCCCGCAGCUGCUGGGCAUCUGCAGCGCCAUCAACCCGGAGUGGCACGGCACCUGCACGUGCGACCAGGGCGACCGCACCAUCCACAUCCAGGGGUUCCCCAUCCGCGUCUCCGACUCCAACAUCGACUGCUGGUCCUGCACCGACAAGUUUGACGACUCGGCCCGCGACGUGCACCUGAUUUGUCGGGGCCAGCCCGGCGUCACGAAGAGUAAUGUCGGGUGUCCGUAG